UUUCCCUGCGACGAAAUUUAUCGCUGAAUGAAAUGGCUCCUCGACCGUCUCUCCCAUCCUCGCUCAAGAAGCGCAAGGCAGCUUCUAAUACCAGUCCCGACGAUGCUGCUAAAAUUCAGAAGCUGGAAGAGCAGGUUACUACUGCAGUAACCUCCAAGACCUCGCUCAACCCUUUGACCGAUCUCCUUGAAGCAGCUCAAAAUGCUACAGAACCAUCAAUACUCACUAAAGCAAUAUAUGCACUAUACCGCUCAUAUGUGGUGAUCAUCACUAAUGGUCUUCUCUCAAAUAUACCCGCGAACGAGGAGGCAAAGGCUGUUCGUGCUUGGCUCAAUGAAAGAUUGCAUGAGUACACAGAGCUGCUGGUAGGAUUGUUGAAGGAUGAGGAUGCUACUCUUCGGACAUCUGCGCUCAAGAUCCUCCUUUCCAUCCAAAAACACUUGUCCUCCUCUCUCAGUAAAGCCUCGUCAAGUAGCGCUCUCCGACCGCAGUUCCACGUUUCCCAUUUCAAACAGAUAUUACAGGGACUCAUUCUAUGUCCUCCGUCGCCGAGAGGGCGAGCCUCUAACAAGCGAUCCAAAAGCGAAAGAUUGAAUUCCGAACACGACGGAAAGGUUGAAGCAGAUGUCCGUGAUCUUUUCAUCGAGUCAUACCUCAGCGAGCACGACGAUGUGCGGUGGUUUUUCCUUCGUGAAUCGGCGAGUUUACUCGCGACAUAUUCCAAGUCUGAAUACCCAGACGUACCCGACAACCUGCUGUCAUUCUUGGAGCGACUUACAACAUUCCCUACCGACAGUUCAGAGCUAAAUUCCUGGUUGGUUGAAGAGUUGGGAACCCGCCCUCCGAAGGCAAAAACGUCAUCAGAGUCUGACGACGAAGAUGAGAACGCAGACCGACCUGAGAAAACAGCAGACGCCGAAGAAGACGACUGGCGAAAGUUCUUCGAAGACGAGGUAGUCACAGAACCCAAGUCGUCAGACCCGAAGAAACCUUCAGUUCGACUGCACAAGUUGACCGUGCAUCAGUCAUUACACUCCCUUUCGUCACACAAGGCCAUGUUCACUCGUACAUGGCUAACUCUGCUUCCUCUACUGUCGGUUGGAUCAUCCGAGAAUAGCAAAGCGCUUGCGGCGAGAGCCCUGAAUGUGAUGCACGGAGGUGUUAUGCCACAUCUCACCAGACCGGUGUUGGUUAUGGACUGGAUAGCGUCUUGCGUUGAUUAUGGUGGAACUGUUGGCUUGUUGGCACUGAACGCUUUGUUCAUCCUCAUCAAGGAUUAUAACCUUGAUUAUCCUUCGUUCUACACCCGUCUCUAUGCCUUCCUCGACCGCGAUGUCCUACAUGUCAAGCACAGGGCACGGUUCUUCCGAUUAAUGGAGUUAUUCCUUAGCUCAACUCUGUUACCUGCAACACUUCUCGCAUCCUUUGUGAAACGUCUCGCUCGUCUUUCUCUUAAUGCACCUCCUGCUGCUAUUGUCAUGGUCAUUCCCUUUACGUACAACAUCCUUAAGAAACACCCUGCGCUGAUGGUUAUGAUCCACAGAGCAGACGAUGUGCCUCAAGAUGAACAGGGUGCGUGUAUUGCUCUACAUUAUACUCGUGAUAGGAUUGAUCUUUGGCUCCCGAAUUCAUUAGACCCAUUCAAUCCCUCAGAACCAAACCCUACCUUAACCAACGCCAUCGAGUCGUCAUUAUGGGAGUUGUACUCACAGAGGAACCAUUACCAUUCAGCGGUCUCGACGUUGGCGCGAAUAUUCGAGGAAGCCUUCACCAAGCCCAACUACUCUUUGGAAGACUUCCUAGAUCAUACUUAUACUACUCUGUAUGAGACGGAGGCAAAGCGCAAGAUCAAGAAGGAACCAGCUUUGGCUUUGGAACCCACCCAGCGUGCUUGGUUCGUCACGCCGUCACCGGAGACAGAAAGUACGGUUGUUUUGGAUCGCGUUGAUUCAGUGUGGUCCUUUAGCUAGUCGUUCGUACGUCGUUCCGAUUUUGUAUAGGUACCUCAUUGAGUCAGCUUAUGCUCUAGACUGCGCCUCACAGUUGGCAUGGUCGGUGUUCAUAGGACACUUUGUCAGUGAUGCGCAUUCCAUCAACCCGAUUCGAGCAGGACAGAUAAAUGAAAGCUACAACGUUAGUAGUUUGAUCCUGAGAUGACCCUCUGAACAAUUGAGACCAGAGAAAAAGCCUGUCGUACGAAGCAUUGUGCUUUAGUGGAUGGUCCUCCAAAGGAAGACAGCUCGAUCAAGAGGUGGCUAAGACCCAGAUCGGGCACACUCACCGUUCAAGGGAGGUAGGGUCCACUCGGAGUCAAGUCCGGGAUAUCGUUGCUGACCGCGCAAGAGAUCGGUCGAGAGCGGGAUGAGAUGAAGACUGAAUUACUAUGUAUUAAAUCAGGGACUCAUGCAUAUGGUCAUCCAGAAAGUCAGUACUCUGGUUUACUGGGCACCAUGUGACAUCGUCAUCCAUGAAUAUGACAGAAGUCGAGGACAUAUACUGAGAGUAACUUUCACUUGUGAAUGUGAAUAACGCAUCUAUCGAGGAGCAGUCAUAGCCUGCC